AGUGGCCGCGCCGUGAGAGCGCACAUACAGACGUUUGAGCUGCUAGUCGCUAGCUGCUGUUCAGGCGUAUGAACUUGCCCGAUACUUCAGAGGAACGUCAGCUCGGCUUGUUUUUGAAUCGAAUGUGGGUUUUUUUUUAUUUUUUGGUGAUGGUCCUGUAGCUCAAGGUUCCCGCUUCCGGCAGGUGUCUGGUUUAAAGCUUCAUUUUUACGACUCUUCAUUUCAACUUUUCUUUUCGAAAUUUAUUUGUCUUUUUUAUUGUGACGGUUGACACAUUGAAACAAAAGUGGAUUUAACAGUGGCCGCGUCGUAUACCAUCACUUCAAGAUGCUUCUGGUGUCUCAGCGGCUAGCCUCACCUCGCAUGGAGCCGAUACUGCCAGGACUGAAGAGGAAGCUGAUGGGGGCCGUGGAUGGGCCUGCAUCACUGAACGGGGUCUCCGAUUCCUCCAUGACCCAGCGCAGUAACAAACGACUCUGCCUGGAGGAUGUUACCCUGGCCAUGGACACAAGCUAUCCCCAAAACUCCUUCCCCACUGGGCCUGCAGUGGGUAACCUAGCAAGUGGACUUGAAGGAAACCCAAUGAACAAUGGCUUGGGUUCCCCUUACUCCAUGCCUCCUAAGGCCAGCCCUGGAUCCACUCCUGGAGGUGGUGGAAGCUCAGGAAGUCUGGCAUCUGCCUUCAACCUGAACGGGAAGUCAGCAGCCCCCUCUGUGGAGCAGGAACUUCAGGAGAUCCUAGAGGAGCUUACAAAAAACCCUGAUCCCUCAUUACCCGAACUGGACAUAGAAAAGAUCUUAGGGAGCAAGGCUGAUGAGCAAACAAGCACUACCGGAAGCUUCGUCCACCCAGAGGGGAGCAGAACCCCCAAGCGCUCCCCACAACGACCUUCCCACCUGGAAGCCCAUCUUACCCAGUCCCCUGGUUUCCCCCAGGCAAACUCUCCUCAGAUGGGCCCUAGUCAACCUGGCACUCCUUACACCCUUCCCCAUCCUUCCAAAGCAGUUCCUUCCCCACUUUCAGCAUCACCCCUUCCCAGCCGGUCAGGCUCCAGCUGGCGCGAGGUGUCCCGAGCACAGCAGCUUCAGCAACUGGCAUCCAACAGUAAGCACCACUCCACCAGCAGCGGAGGGCCACAGCCCACCCAGCCGGGCCAUCCCUCACUCAGCCAGCAGGGAUCAUCCUGGGCUGGCCCGUCUCCACCCUACCGGCCAGGAGACAAGCUUCCAAGCUCAUCCCCCCACCAGCAGCCCUUCAGCCCAGCCAGCGGUAUCCAGAGUCCUCAGAGCUCCCUCAUGCCCAACAUAACUCCAGCUCCAUCCGCAGGACCUUCUCCUCCAUACAGGCCUGAGAAGCUAGGAAGUCCGGCUCUCCCCCAGCCGCCCUUCAGCCCACAGAACAGCCUUCUUCCAGGAAGCACUCCGUCUGGAGGUUCCAAUCCCGCUGUCCAGGGCUCCCAACCAAACUACCUUGGUGGUAUACCCCCGGCGUCCGGCACUAACAGGCCGUCUCCUCCUUACCGAACAGACAAGCAACACGCCAGUCCGGCAGGGCCGACUCCUCCCGGGCCCCAGCCUUCCUCGCAGGCACGUACCUUCAACUCGCAGAACAGUCAAUUGCCCAACAUGUCCAGUCAGCUCUAUAAGGCCAUCACAGCCAGCCAGGCCAGCGGCGGCAGCAGCCUUAAACUCCUCAUGCAGACAUCUCAGGCCAAGUCUGCUCAGCUGCCUCUGAGCAAGGCCACUCCCGGCGCCGCAGGUCCCGAAACCCUCUCCUUCAACAACACCAAGCCCUUGCGGCAUUUCGACCCCGAGCCGCACGCUUCCCUGGGCGGGUUCCGCAACGGCAGCAUGCAGGCUGCGCCACCCACUUCAGCUGCCGGGCAUGCACAUCUGUUACAGCAGAGCCUCCAGAGGGGGAUGCAGGCAGAUAGCAUGGUUCCCCACUGCAGAGGCGACCAGGGUGUAGGAAUGGUGCCUCACCUUCAGGACCCCUCUACAGGGCAGGCCACUAACUACAACAUGCUGAAAACUCAGCUGAUGAGGAAACAGCUCCAGCAGCAGGAAAAGCAACGGCAGAUGGAACAGAUGAAUGGGGCACAGAUUGCAGAGUGCCAGCAGGUGGCGCCAUUUCAAGGUCGAGCAAUGCCCCCUGACUGUGGUGGUUACUCUAUGAGUACAACCCAGCAGCCCAACCCCUCGAUGGUUUCUCCACUGCCCUCCAAUCGCAUCGUUUUCCCCCCUGGAUCCCUCGCCCAGGUGGGCCACACCGGACCCUACAUGGGUGGCACCGACUCCAAGCAGCCGUUCUACCACCCUGCGCAAGACUUAGGGAUGCCCAUGCGUCCAGGCCAGAGCAUGAUGGGAGUGGGUGGUCCUACAAGGCAGCCUGCCAACCAGGGACACGCUGUAGCACGACCGGGCAUGCCUGGCCCGAGCUUGGUAGGGAGUCUGUUGCCGACAAAUCAUCUCCGGCAGGCUUUGCAUCAGGGCAGAACUCCACGCAUGAUGUGUGCCUCUCAACAGCAGCCCCAGUCACAGUCCCCGCUGUGGCCGAACCAGCAGGGGUUGCACCCACACCUGGACCCUGUAACCCACCAGCACCCGUUCCCCAGUGGGGGAGUCCCUCAAGGUUGUGGGGGACCUCAGUUCCCCCAACGACCGGGCAUGGCAGGGAUGCCCGCCAAUUUUCCUGGCACUCGACCACCCCCAAACCAGAUAGCCCCGAGCCUGGUCGGCAGGCAGAUGCAGAAGAUGGCCUGUGGGCAACCCCUUCCCUCCAUGUCGCAGCAGAGCCUCCGGAUGCGGGGCCCCCUCUCCGCCAUCCCUGUCAUGAAGCCUGGAGCCCCAACCAUGAUGCACCCGGCCCACGGCAUGGCACCGCCAAGCUACCCCGUGGCCUCGGUUGGCAAACAUACCCCGGCGCAGGGCUAUGGCCCUGGACACAAUCCGGGUCAUAAACUUACACCCUGUGACUACCCUCCCCAGCACCAGAGCAAUGGAGGCAUGACUAUGGGAGUUCCUGGACCUGUGGCUGGAGGGCCAAGUGGAAGUGGAGCUGGAGGCGAUGUAGACUUCAUCGAAACUUUAGUGGGUCCUAAUGAGGACUGGUUCAACAACCUCAACAUGAUUGAUGAAUACCUGGAGCAGAACUCAUAGGGACGAGCAAACUCCGGGUGCAGAAGAUCACGUUGCGUAGGGGGUGGCAGCCACAUUAAGGUUCCAAAGGUUCCCGGCCUAACUAUGGGCCUGCUAUAGCAACGAAACUGCAUGGGUUAGAAUUCUACACUGCCAUGUGGCCUUUUAAGAGUCUGGUUCGCUUAUGUCUGUGCUGGUCCUUUAGGAUCUUCCAGUAGUGAGUAGGGUCAUCAAACAGUGCCACUGAACCAAAUGUCCACACCUUCUAAGAUGUCCAAGAAGUCCUUAAAUGUUCUCAUAUAGUCUGCUCCAGGCAUCCUAUUCAAACCCGUGGUCUUUGGGGGCAAAUUUAGUAAUCUGGCUCCACAGGGCUUCAACACUGUAACAUCAGCGGACAUCGGUGUUUUCACAGCAACGCGAAUGAGGGUAUUUAUUAAUUCCUGAAAUGUAAUGUCCUGAUGCAGUUCACUCGUAGCACCACAUCCAAGUCAGUAAGGACAGCAUGGUGUGAUGGUCUGAUUGUCUCUUUGGAAAUACAUGUGAUGUAGUAAUUUAACUUGUGAGCUGUUUGAUGGUAUUUCAAAAGGGGCUUAAUAAUGUACAUGGUAAAAUAUUUUGUAAAAUAUGUUUUCCUAAGCUGUAACAUAUAUAAAGGAGAAGUAUCCAUAUUUAUACUUCUUUUGUGCAAAUACAUUAGAUUUCCUUUGUAAAUAGUUAUAAAAUGACAAGUAUAUCAAAGAAGGAACACAGUGCUGUAAAGAAAAAAACAAUUCAAUUGAACUUGGAAAUUAUUGUAAUUUGUAAUACACAAGACAAUACAGAAUACAGUUCGCUUUUGCAGUAAUACUAUGUAUUACAGUGUUAAAGUAUUUGUUAUGGUUUUGACAUAACUGGACUCCUGGUACUCCAGUCUGGCGCUCUCUCUUUUUUUUUUUUUGUGAGGUCAGUUUCUGACGCUACUUGCACUACAAAUUUGGCCCCCCUUUUGGUUCUCUUUCUAUUUCCAAUGUGUUUGCACUAGACAUUUUUGUCUGUCACUAUCUGUUUGAUGUGGGGACAUUUGCAUGAGAUACAUUGUAAAGGGGUUUUUAUAGCUUUCCAAGCAAAUAUGAAUACAUCACCCAUUUCCAGAUCUGUGUGUGCUUUUGUGUACAAAAUCACUAAAACUAUAGCCUUGGUUUGGAAUUCUGAAAGAUACUGCAGCACCAUUCAUUUUGUAAUAAUGGAGUCAGAAUCACCAAUUAACCCCCAGUCUUUUGUGCCAGAGUCCUGGGCUGCCCUUUGUUUGUGGUCUCUUUGUCAAGGGCAUGAACUGUAAGCCAUUCUCAUUUGUGCUUUCUCUGUGAUUUAUUCUAUUUUGUCUUGUUAUUUUUUAGAUUGGACAAUAAACUGUAUAAAUGCAAAAAA